GCUGCUGCCGCUGCUUCUAGAGAGAGGAGUUGGAGUGUGACUCCACUCCAAUCACUCCAGGUAGACAGAAAAACUUCCAGAGCUAUACAAGAAGAGAAUCUGUACAGGAGGGGAAAACUCAACAGGAGUCGGUUGACAUUGGGACUAAUAUCAUUUGGAUAUUAUACAUAACAGCGAGCAAUGCUCUGCACCCUGGGGAUGCUGGAUGAGUCUGAGCAACUAUGAGGACGGCUGUGUGCGAGUCAGUAACAACAGGAGUGUGAGUGACUUGCCGGACGGAGGCGAUUGUUUCCGGGAGGCUCCUCAUGUGAUUCUCCCUGACACACCCAUGCCUCCUGCUCCAUGUGGGAACCCUAGGAUGGAACACACACACUGCUAUKCACAGUCACUGGGACAACUGCGUCUGCAGCCGCUCUUUCACACACUCUGACACACACCACYGCUCAGACCUGACAGAGGAAGAACCCCAGAAUUUUACUGAACCAAUUUUCCGGUAUGUUUGUGAAUUUUCGGCGGAUCCGCAAGUGCCAGUGCUUGCAGCUAAUGACCACGUGCCUGGUGCUGUCGGUGGUGAUGGUGUGCUGGGAUGGCAGCGUGGUGAGCCACGUCAAGUCCUACUCCUACCACUACCUGGUCAACCGCUACACCUUCAUCAACAAGAGCUUCACCAUCCCGCGGCAGGAGGCCCACAUGUUCAGCAACCACCGCUACCUGCUCAACCACCCGUAUAAGUGCUCAGGAGAGAAGAACGUUUUACUGCUGCUGCUAGUCAAGUCCUCCCCAGAGAACAUCGAGAGACGGCGAGCCAUACGGUCGACGUGGGGCAACGAGACCUASAUCYGCCAGACCCUGGGGGUGAYUGUGAAGGUGGUUUUUGUGCUGGGCCUCCCCAAGCAGCACGAAGCUGCCCAUACUCGGAGGAGCCGAGGGGGCACCCAGGACAACCUUGUCCGUGAAGACCGCUUGAAUGGCGACUUGAUCCAACAGGACUUUGUGGACUCGUUCCACAACCUAACCCUCAAGCUUCUGCUACAGUUCCGGUGGGCGCACGCCUACUGCCCGCACGCCCACUUCCUCAUGACGUCUGACGAUGACAUUUUCGUGCACAUGCCCAACCUGGUGCGCUACCUUCAGGACAUAGACAGGAAGGGCGUUACAGACUUCUGGAUCGGUCGCGUGCACAGAGGCGCGCCACCCAUCCGCCGGAAGGAAAGCAAGUACUAUGUCUCAUACGAGAUGUACCCGUGGUUGGCAUACCCRGACUACACGGCAGGGGCGGGUUACGUUGUCUCGAGAGACGUGGCGAACAAAAUCUACCAGGCUUCGUUGACCCUCAACGCCUCGCUGUACAUCGACGAUGUCUUCAUGGGCAUCUGCGCCAACGCCAUGGGCGUGUUGCCGCAGGAGCAUGUGUACUUCUCAGGUGAGGGCAAGGCGCCCUACCACCUUUGCAUCUACGACAAGAUGAUGACGUCGCACGGCCACGUGGCCGACAUAUACGAACUCUGGAAAGCCGCCACGAAUCCGGAGGUCAAACGGGUCACGUCAGGACUCUUUGGGAGGUUGUAUUGCACAGCUGUGAAACUCACCCUUCUUUGUAGACCGUAUUUCUUUAACAGCUACCCCUGCAAGGCAGCCUUGUUGUAGUACAGUAAACCUAUGUACUGUGAUUGGUCCAAAAUAGAGCGAGGGAUCAUUUUGUACCAAAUUUUUCUUUCAUCGGUCUCCCGUCAUUUGAAAAGGCUGAAGGAGGGAAGGCCUGUGUUUUGUGUUGAUGGAGGAAGAUACGCAUGAGUCAUAUCUAUUGCUGUAACUUUGGGUUUUACAGUGGCCGUCUAUCUAUAUGGCUUCCACU